CAUCUGCUAUCCAAUAUGGCGGCCAAAUUGACCAAGAUUUUAUGGUCGAGAAGUCUUCGGUAUCACAGCUCGUUAUUGAGUGUUAUUUUUAAAAGAUGUCACUUAGAUUCUACAAGGAAAGCUCAUCCUAUAUUAUUCAGUCUUCAAACAUCAAGGUUUUCUUCAGCAAUUMUUGAAGAAGCUGACCAGGAUGGAAAGCAGCUCACCACUGAACACAGCAAGAUACCAGACCUGUCAAAAAUUAUUAYAGAGUCAGAAGAAGCAUACAAAAUCCCAAAAGCAGCAGACUCUCACAGGUCACAGUCAGUCUUUGAUGAUGAGCUAUCAAAUAAAUUCAUAAACUGUAUGAUGUGGGAUGGAAAAAAGUCAACAUCAAGAAAAAUAUUCAACCAGGCUCUACAAAUGAUUAAAGAAAAACAGCUUGAAAUUCAAAUGAAAUCUAAAGAUCCUGAGUCAGUAGAGACAGACCCUGUGAAGGUGUUUCAUCAGGCAGUAGAGAAUGUGAAGCCAGUGGUUGGCUGUAUACCACUGAGGAAGGCUGGCAAAGUUUAUCGGGUUCCAUCCCCUUUAAGACCCAUGCGUCAACAGUUCUUUGCAAUUAAAUGGAUCAUUGGUGCCGCAAGAAAGCCAACUGGAUCAAAGAAUACCAGAAUGCACCAGAAACUUGCUAAAGAAUUAUUAGAUGCUUAUAACAAUGAGGGUUCAUCAAUUAGAAAGAAACAAGAGUUACACAAGACUGCCGAGGCUAACAGGGCCUUUGCUCACUAUCGCUGGUGGUGAUGUACCUUUGCUUGGAGAAGCUACUUGCGCAAGGCUUCAUGGGUAGCUUGAAUCCUUYUGAAGUAUAAAUAAUAAAAAGGCAAAUGAUUAUGAAGAGGCUAUACUACCCAUGAUACCCUGCGCCACUAGCUGGUAGGCGAGUAGGAUGUCACGCGUGGAAAAAUCUUCCCCGAACUGGACUGGAAUUAUCAACUUUCAUUGGACAACACUGUAUAAAAAACCCAAGAUGUGGUUUAUGUUAUUAAAGAACUUUUAAUUAUU